AUGAUCUGCAGCUUUUCCUGCAGUGCAAUAGGGCAGACGGCCUCUCCCUGUUUGACCUCACUUCUGGUGCCUCCCCUGCCCCUGCUGCUGAUGCUACCGACCACUGAGCGUGCACACUUUAGCCAGUACAAGAGGGCUCAGACCUUGUACGACGCUGUAGUUGCACGCUACUCUUCCCCUGCCGCUGCUGCACUGAGCCGCCUCAUGCUACCGUACCUCUUCCCUGACCUUGCUGCCUUUCCCACAGUCGCUGACCUCAUUACGCACCUCCGCACUAGUGACACUCGCUACCGCGCUGCGCUUCCUGCUGAGUUCUGCGCCAAGAACCCCCCCCCCCAUGGGUGUUCUCCCUCCCCCCUCUUGCCCUCUGUUGCCUCUGCUGCUGCGGCCGACCUCGUUGGUUUCGAGUUGGUCGGCGCUGCGUCUGCCCCGAGCGGGAGACGCCGCACCGGCAAGGGCAAGGGGGGCAAGGGCAGUGGAGGGGGUGGAGGGGGCGGUGGAGGUGGUGGUGGAGGCGGUGGAGGGAGUGGGGAUGGUGGUGGGAGUGGUGCUGGGGGUGGCGGCGGCGGUGGCAGCAGUGGAGGCGGCGGAGGCGGUGGAGGUGGCGGAGGGAGCGGAGGUGGCGGAGGUAGUGGAGGAGGCGGAGGUGGAGGAGGCGGCGGAGGCGGCGGAGGCGGCGGCGGCGGCGGAGGCGGCGGCGGCGGCGGAGGCGGCGGUGGUGGAGCGAGUCGCGACUCUGCCUCGAGGAGUGGCGCCGGUGGUGGUCAGCGCCAGCAGCAGCAGCGGAGUGGUGUGACCCUGUCCCCUCAGCAGCUUCGUUGGUGGUACACUUCACGCCAUCGUGGUGGGGGUUUUGGUCCAUGCUCUUACGUUCUCCGUACCGGCGACCGCAUUGGUGAGCAGUGCGGGGGUCCGCACUCCACCCAGCGCUGCUUUGGUCGCCUGAUGGACGCGUGGCGUCGCCAGUUCCCUGAGGCGUCAGAGAUCCCUCGCUGGGGAAAUCUGGCUAAGGCCGGGGUUGCUAUCUUUGAUCUUGACUUUGAUGCUAUUCUUGCUGCCAUGUAUGCUGUUGCUGAUAGUGUUGAGGGUGCCUGUUACCUGUGUGUACCGCCUGACCCGGGCAUUGAGGCUGCUACGCUAGGUGCUGGUGAGACUGCUGCUCUAGGUGCUAGUGCGUCUGCUGCCCCAGGUGCCAGUGCGUCUGCCGCCCCAGGUGCUGGUGAGUCUUCUCUCUCAGGUACUACGUCGGCUCAGGCCUUCCACAUCUUCACCCUGGACUCGGGUGCGUCCCGCUCCUUCUUUCGAGACCGCACCACUCUUACACCGCUUAAUCGGCCGAUUGCAGUCUCCCUAGCAGACCCCUCUGGGGGUCCUGUCCUUGCUAGCUUCUCCACUCUCUUUCCGUGCCCUGCAGCCCCCUCUGGCACCCUGUCUGGUCUCUACCUCCCCUCGUUCUCUACGAACUUGGUGAGUGGAGCAGACCUACAGGAUCGAGGGGUUGACCAGUUCACUCCUGCGAAUCAGCGAGUGACCCACUGCAGGUGUGCUCGGACAGGCCGACACUUGGCCACGUUCACCCGUCGGCCAGGGUCGAGCCUGUAA